CCGGUGCCUUUUUAUUGCAUUAGCGAAUCCAUUAGCGAAUCUAAAGCAAUACCUAUGUCGCCACGUUCAACAUCACAAAGUCCUCUCCUAUAAAUGAAUUUAUCAGCGUGCUAGUCUAAAGUAUUAAACAUUUAGCUACGGUAUAUACGGAAUGAAAAGUGGUAGACAACACAAAAGCCAAUAAAUAUGCCACGUCCCUUAAGAUCGAGCUGUGAUCGUUGUCACUCGCAGAAGCUCAAAUGUCCGAAGCAGCCUGGAAUCGCAACCUGCACAAGAUGUCUCAAGGCCGGCGCCACUUGUAUAUUCAGCCCGGCCGGACUUAGCACUCGACGCGCCUUGUCGGCCUUGUCGGCCUCUAAUUUUACCUACCUGAACGGCGACCUAGAUAUGAAUAUGCAGUUUGACUGGCCUCCUUUGGAAUUUGAAAAUGUCCUAGCUACUCCCCCGGAACUCUCCCAAGAAUCUCCGCCAGACCAACAAGUCAAACCAUCAGAGCCAGCUUCGGAGGAUCCGCGGUCAGCUUGUGUCCGUCUGCUAACCUCCUUGGCUGUUGAGGUUAACCAGGUGUCCGUCACUUUACCAUCCGUAUCGCAUGUCCAUGUGCCCAAGGAUCGACCAAUUGGGGAAUAUCAUGAUAAAUUCAUCAAAAAUACCUCCCGCACCGCCUGUAUCGAGCAACUCUUCACUCUAGCUCAAAGCCUUACGGAUAUUUACCCACAGGCCCUAAGCGUUCUUUUCGAUAGGCCGGACUCUCCUGAGUGCCAGGAUCCCAAUUGCUUUCAUAUGACCGAGCUGCCUGACGAUAUAGCAGCCUUCUUUUCGACCCCGGGUGAUGAUCCGAAUGAAAUUGAUACCUUUCUCUUUAACCUUCUGGUAUCCUGCCAUUCCAAAGUUGUAGACGUGAUAGGCACCAUUAUCAGCUGUGCGAGAGCAUGUACUCAGGUCACCUUAGCUUCACCUGGCCUCGUCGAGCCGCAUGUGAAUAUACCGGAAGUUCGAGUUGGAAACUUUGUUGCAAAUAAUACAACCGCUUCGACCAUGCAAAUCGUUCUCUUGAUCCAUAUCGCUUCGGUUCUCGUUGAUUACGCCAAACGGCUUACUAAACGAGUCCUUGCUAAAACAGAGGGCAGGCCUGGCACCAAGCAAGCUCAAAUGCUGAAACUCCAAUGCGAACUAUUGGAGGAGAAAUCGGUCUCCAAGAUGAAACUGUUGCAACAGGUCAAGGAUCUAUUUAUAACUAUGAGUUCUAUGAACUGCGAUCGAGGGACAACAUCAUCUAAAGGAUGAGAGAUUAUUCUUCAAUGUUUUUCCAAAUGUUAGCAGCUCUAUGAAACUACAUAGAAUGCCCGCGAAGCAACCACCUCUAACCCAUCCAUGUCCUGCUCUGCUGGUCGAAAUUCAUCAUGCUUACAGCCCCAGCCACGUCUUUGCCUGCUGAUACCAGCAUUUCAUAAAGAAGCCAGAUACCUUGAUCAUUGAAUCUUCUUCAU